AUGCCGCCGAAAACACCCUCCCCCACAACCACGCCCUCCCCCACACCCACCCCCACCCCCGCCGCAACACCGCUCCCAAAGACCCCGCACUCCACAUCCAACUCCCCCGUCCUCCGCAGCAUCCAGUCGCACCUCAACCUCACGCACAACGACGCCCUCUUCACGGCCCUGCGCGCAACCGCCCACACGCUCCUCACCGACGCCGGCAUCCUCCUCGCCAGCGCGAACGACCAGGCCGUGCAGAUCCGGAAGCGCCAGGUCGCGCACGAGCUCGAGAAGCUGCACCCGGAGGUUUUUGGCCUCGCCGCGGGAGCGGUGGGGGGGGGAGGAGGAGGGAUGGGGGCAGGGGAGAGGACAUAUGAGAUGAGGAAGAACACGAGCUAUGCGCUCCUCACACUGACGAUGGAUGUGGCGAAGCGGCGGAUGAAGCGGCGGCGCGGCGCGGUUGUUGCGGCGGGGGGUGGUGGUGGUGGUGGUGGUGGGGGAGGUGGGGGUGCGGCAGCGAUGGGGAGGAGGAAUACGCCGUCGCCGUCGCCGUCGCCACCACCGCCGCAGUUGCAGUUGCAGUUGCAGUUACAGUCGCAGUCGCAGCCGCAGCCGCUGGCGGUUGAGUGCACCCCGCCACCAUCCGCGCCCGCUGUGUCUCCGCCAUUAUCUACACCCACGCCCACACCCGCACCCGCACCCGCACCCUCCGCCGCACCAGCACCAGCACCAGCACCAGCACCAACGCUCCUGAUCCCCCUCCCGCACCCGCUCACGCCGCGCGACUGCUGCCGCGUGCAGCUGUGCGACCUCACCGACGACGGCGCCGCCGCUUCUUCGCCCCCGACGCUGCGGCGGCUGCACGAGUGUCUGAGGGAGGACGGGCUGCCGUGGGAGUGCGGCGAGUAUGUGGUGCUGGACAGCGACGGCGUGGCCGUACGGAAUGAUCGCGGGUUGAGGUGUGCGUUGGGUGUGAUGGCCGCCAGGGGGGUGGGGGUGGCGGUGUGGAGUGUUGUGAGGGUGUGA